UCGGCUUCAUUCAGUGCGUGAGUUCAUUUAUCAGCUCUCUGAACUGCGUGAACUGAACUCCUCCAAACGACUGUAGUAUAAUACGACAAUUUACACGGCUUUACAGCUUCCAACUAAUGGGGGAAGCAUUUGCGUAAAGAUUUGAGGGUUACGACCUGCUCUAGCGAACAACAUCCUCGACAACAAACAAGAACAAUAACAGGGAAACACCCAUCAGGGAUAUCACAAAUCUUUUUGUGAAAUCGACACAGGAAUUCUUGCAGAGGAGCUGAAGUCUGUGAGCAGGACGCUGUCAGAAUGAUGACCCAGGAAGACGGGGACUAUGUAAACGGCACUUAUGAAUACGCGGACUAUGGAAAUGUGGAGGAGACCAAGGCUGGAGCCUACACUCAGAAAGAAGCUCUUCACAUCAUAUCAGUGAUCAUCUACAGCCUGGCGUUUACUCUGGGAGUAAUCGGGAACGGCCUGGUCAUCUGGGUGACCGCCUUCAAAAGCAAACGGACCGUGAACAGCGUUUGGCUGCAGAAUCUGGCCAUCGCCGACUUUGUGUUUGUGCUCUUCCUGCCAUUCUCCAUUGACUACGUGCUGCGAGACUUUCACUGGCUCUUCGGGAAGACCGUGUGCAAGCUGAACUCGUUCGUGUGCACCAUGAACAUGUACGCCAGCGUGCUGUUUCUGACCGUCCUGAGCUUGGAUCGCUACAUCUCACUGGUCCAUAUGAGCUGGUCGGAAAGGUAUCGAAACGUCCGGAGGGCCUGGUGGGUCUGUGCGCUGAUUUGGAUCACGUCCUGCUGUCUAAGCUGUCCGGCCCUGAUAUUCCGUGACGUGAUCCAGCAUAAAGGGAAGGUUGUGUGUUUUAAUAACUUUCACGAUGAGAGCAGGCACAUGAUGGCGGUGAGGCACAUUGCGAUGGUGUCGCUGCGCACCAUCGUGGGCUUUCUGCUUCCGUUUGCAACCAUCACCGUCAGCGGCGUUCUGCUGGCUAUUAAGAUGCGCCGAUCCGACUCGGUACGCUUGACCAGCUUCUCCAGAACUGUCUCAGCCGUGAUUCUUGCUUUCUUCUUGUGUUGGGUGCCAUUUCACACGUUCAGCCUGAUGGAGCUGAGCAUGCAUCACACCACCUACCUGCACUCUGUGCUCAUCGUGGGCUUCCCACUCGCCACCAGCCUGGCCUUCUUCAACAGCUGCGUCAACCCGAUUCUGUACGUACUGCUAACCAAGAAGGUGCGUAAACUGGUGAGGAGGUCGUGUUUGAACUUCACUAAGAGCUCGCUGAGGGAGCUGAGUCAGUCUGUGUCUGCGACGGAGUUAGACUCGCCACUGCCCAGCUGCUCUCCUGAAGAACCCACGGCCAACUCCUCCGUCUGAUCAACUCAGCGAUCACCCCUGAACUCAACAAACUUUGGGCUUUUAGCUUUUGAAAUUAAACUUCUAGAGCU